CGGUGCCGUUGCCAUGGCGGCGGCGGGCGGGCGGUGCUGAGGUGCGCGGGAAGGUCCGGCCCGGCCCCGCCAUGGCGGACGAGCUGUACCUGGAGAACAUCGACGAGUUCGUCACCGACCAGAACCGCGUCGUGACAUAUAAAUGGCUGAGCUACACUCUGGGAGUCCAUGUCAAUCAGGCUAAACAGAUGCUGUAUGAUUAUGUGGAGAGGAAACGGAAGGAGAACUCAGGAGCUCAGCUUCAUGUCACCUACUUAGUAGCAGGAAACCUCCUUCAGAAUGGACACGUGUGCCACAAGGUUGCAGUAGUGAGGGAGGAUAAACUGGAAGCAAUGAAGUCUAAACUGUCCACAAUUGCGAGUGUGCAUGUGUACAGCAUUCAGAAGGCCUUGCUCAAGGACAGCUCCCCACUCUACAACACUGACUAUGACAUUGUCAAAACAAACCUCCACAACUGCAGCAAGUUCAGUGCCAUCCACUGUGACGCCGCAGUCCCCAGGAUGCCGCCUGACAUUCCCAGAGCACAGACGUCCCUGCAGGGCAGUUCCCAGAGGGAAAAUGACACUGGUGCUCCCAGCGCUCCUGCAGUCAAUGGCCACGGGCCGCUGGCUGCCAAACACCCCUCGCAGCAGCACAAAGGGAUCAUGGGAAUGUUUGCAGCCAAAGCGGCUUCCAAACCCCAGGACACAAAUAAGGAGACCAAAGCAGAGGCCUCAGGUGUCUCCACAGCUAGCAGCAAACCACCAACAAAAAACAACAUCAUCAACAACUUCUUUGGGAAAGCUGCUAUGAAUAAACUCAAAGUCAACCCUGUGCCCGAGCAGCCAAAGGAGGAGAAAGAAGUAGUCAAGCCUUCAGUUGCUGUAGCAGAACCAGAGUCAUCCCCUAAUCCUGUAGUAGAGAAACCUGGGAAGAGAACAGAGUCUGCUAGAAUUCAACAAAAGGACAGAAAAAGUAGAACGAAGCAUGUGGACAGGUCAGAUAACGAGGAGGAAAGAGAUCCCGAGAACGCAAAGAGAAAGAGGAAGCGAAUCAAACAACUUCAGUCUGACAGCAGUGAUGAGGAAGGUGUGCUAUCAGUCACAUGGACAUGUGAGAAAGAGGUUCCCAAAUCUCUUGUGAAAGAUAUGACACCUUCCAAAAUCACAGGACUGGUCAUAACCAGUUUAUUUGCAGAUGUCCCACCACCUCCCACACCUGAGGAAGAGAAAGCUCCAUCUCCACCACCUGUACCUGCUCUGAAAACUGAACUGGAGCCUGCAACCAUGGAGGUGUCAGCUGGAGGGAGGAAGAGGAAGCGGAAGCGUGUGCUGAAAUCCAAGAUGUUUAUUGAUGAAGAAGAAGGCUGCAUGGUGACUGAGAAGGUAUAUGAGAGUGAAUCCUGCACAGACAGCGAGGAGGAGUUCCCCAAGCCCAAGCCACCAGCUGCACACAAACAGCCUGUGCUGCCCAUGAAGAAAGAACCGAAGGAAGAAAGGAAGACCCUGAAGAAAGGAGCAGCUCCUGCCAACAGAGCCAACAAACAGGUCUCCAUCAUGGGCUUUUUCCACAAGAAAUGAACUGGAUCUUUCUCCUGGUCCUCUUGGCAGCUUGGGAGUGUAGCUCCCUGGUUUUGUGCAUCUCUCUGCAAGCAGCUGCUGCUGCUGGGGGAGGAAGACAACGUGCAACCCUGGGUUACAUAAGGGAUCCUGCUUACUGUGUAAGGAAGCCCUCUGGACUAGAUUUUGUAUUAGAGAAAAGUUUUUUUAUUUGUUACUGCAAUAACUUCAAUCAUCUUCACUAAGCAGUGUGGGAACUGCCAGCCAGAAGCAACAUCUAGAGGAACUCUUGGAAGACUGUUAAUCUGUUCACAUGAAAUUAUAUUUUUUUAUCUGGCCUUUCACCUGUUUGUUGCUAAGUUAGAUGAGCUGUGGCAUUUUUCUCCUCUCUUUUUACACCCUCAGCUCUCCAGAUUGUUCUGAACGUUCACGUUGGGUAGAAGCCGUAACGUAGCAGGUCUUCAGACACAGGCACAAAUAUUGAACAUCUGCUUCAGCUUUAACUGAAUGAAAUGAAUUUAAUUUCUCCCCUAAGACUGGUAAAUAGUUUUUGCCCUGCCUUUCAUAACCUUUUUUUUGGACAAAAAAGUGCGUAUAAAACCCUCUUACUCUUUUCUUCCUUGAAUGUAUCCCCUGUAAGCUGCUCAGAUGCCUAAUUAUAGAUCAGGACACUGUUGGUGCUCUGGCUUGACAAAAACAGCUUUGAGACUUCCCACCCAAUUGGCUGCAGAGGAAUUGGAGGAAGGCUUUGCUGUUGUUGGGAAAGCAACUGGAUCUUUAACCUUGAAGGCUGAUGAGUGAGAGGGGAGAGUGAUUAGAGGGCACUGCUGGUAACACCAGGCAGGCACCUGCUGCAUUUUGGGGUUGCUAGGUUUGGGGUUGCCUGAAGUGGUUUUUACAGGCAUAACCCAGACAAGAGAAGAGUUUUCUGGGACACCUCGUCAUCUGCCUGCUGAAGGCAGCGUGUCACAGCACAUGGUCCUGAGGAACCUGGUUAAUGGAGAGGAGUAAAUCACCACGGGCCUGUAAAUCAGAAAGGAGCUGUUGUUUUGGGUGCCUCCUGCUUUUCUGGUGCUUCAGUUGAUAGACAGAUGUAAAAAACCAGAUUUUCCCAAAGGAUUGAUGCUGAGCAUUUCUGAAGCUUGGGCCAGUGAGUGCUCCCAAACAAUGUCCAACCAGUGGUUGGUUGAGUGGUGUGAGCCUGACAUAUGUAUGGAUAUGGAUGUACACGCUGGUUUAUAAAGGGUUUGUGGUUGGCAGAGAGAUAUAAUGUGGAGACUGUGACAAUGAAACAAAUGCCACCCAGCUGAAAAUGUCCUGACCUGUGGUCAGUAAAAGGGCCAACUGAGUGUGUUUACAGUCAUUCUGACCUGGAGAUUGGGUUAGGGACUGGGGAAAUCCCAGCACACACCAGUUGUGACCAGUUGGCUGGAUUGAAGUGAUGUCGCCCAAGGCAGUUUGUACCCCCAAGAGGUGUGAGAGGAUCCCCUGCAAACCAGUGGCAUCGCUGGGUUUGUGCCCCUGCGGUGUCCCAGGGAAAGAAAAAACAAAAAGUUAACUAUUAGAAGAAAAACCCACCCUGCUGUAGUGUUUUUGUUUAUCUUGAUAGAGUAGAGGGUGUAUUUUCAAAGGUAACAAUAAGUCAAAAAUCCCAUUAAACACAGGUAUUUUUUUCUAUUGUCUGUAUUCAUUAAAUGAUUUGUCACAUCCUGGAUUCCAAGGGUCAGCAUGGUAUUUGACUGCAUGGAAAUCAAAGAUGUUUCCCUGGUGAAGUGUAUAAAGAGUUCUUCCAUCAAAACUGGAAGCUUUGAACUGAGCAUUGUAGGGCAUCUGAAACCUCAAAAUAGCAGGAUUUGUAUUGAAUUUGGACCCCUAGAGUCCUAUUCCUGUGGCAGAUGUUGACAGGACAUGGUGUCCCAGUGCUCUUGGUCCUCAUCUCUGCCGUGGUCUCCCUGGAGCUCCCUGCUCCACCCCUAUAUUCCCUCUAUAACCAGAUCAACGUCACACGCCACUUCCUCAGGAAAAUGACUUAAUGUCUGAAGGAGCAGGACCUGGGCAAACUUCAGACUUCUAAAAAUUAUGAUCUAAUACUCCCCACUCCCACACUCUGUGGUCUGCCAGCCCCAGGGGGGCCUCAGGUCCCUGGAUGCCCCCUCAGCCGAGGCUGAAAGUGUCCCCAGACACUGCCUGGGAGCAAGAAAUUGGAACUGGUUAGAGGGAGAAGGCUCCUUUGUGGGUGGAUGUCAUCCAUUUGUCACCUGGGGGCUGGCAGGGGGUGAAAUGUCCAGGAGUCAGGCUCUGGCUCUUGGAGCAGGGAGCACAUCUACCUCGGGAUGUGGUAUUUGAGGGGCUCAGGGUCCAAAACCUCCUCCUGGAGAUGCAGAGGUCUUUAUAUUUGUGUAUGUGUGAUUUAUAGCUGGAGAUCCAUGUCCAAGGGGGACCUCCUCUCCUCUUCCCCCUGGAUCUCCCUUCCCACCACAUUUACACCCUUGGAAGAGCCUCAGAAGAGGCAGUGGGAGAGGGUAUUUGUUCAUGUAUUAAAUAA